AUGCGGCUUCUAAUAGAUAUAUGCUUGUCAUUCGUGGCCGACAAUAUAGCCAACUCGUCAAACAUCUUUCAGGUUCGUUCGCUACCCCCUUUAAUCAAGAGUCUUCUUCUGGAGCGCAUUUUGCGGCACGAUAGCUUCGAUGCAGAUCGUCUGAUAGAAAUCUUGGAUGUUGACUUUUUCUCAAACCUCGAUUAUCUACAGUUGAGCAACUGCUCACACUUGAACGACCGUUUUUUGUUUGCUAUCGCUGCCUCCGGUUGCAGCCUGAGGGAAUUUGCUUUUAUGGAGGCGAUGAGUACGUACCCAGAUGGCGUGACUGAACACGGCAUUGCUUCCGUGCUGGCAGAACAGAAGCAUCUGGAAUGUUUGAAGCUGAUUUCCAGGUUGAAUUUCCGGACCGGAGUUUUAAAUCGUCUCAGCUCUAGCUGUUUGAACACUGUCGAGUUGAUCGGUGACGCCAUCUGUCGUUGCUUUGCGUUGAACAACACGUUGGCUGAAAAAAUGGACUUUUAUCAACGGGAUAUCUGUCACCCGCUGUACGCCUUAAAGCUGAGUUCGACAGACAGUCAGACGGACAAGUUCUAUUUUGUUAUGCUGGCCAUCAACAACCCAACUAUCACGACCUUGUGCCUAAAAGACGUGGCCUUGGACAUUGAUGACUGCUACUCGCUCUUCGUAGCACUACGGAAGACCCUGCGACACCUGGAAGUGGACGUCAUCCGUUAUUACGCGUUCUGCGAAAGGACACAUUGUUACUCUGGCAGGGACUUCGUUACGUUUUUGGAAAUGGCCAAUCGACUGUGCAGUUUGUCUUUCUUGCAAUGUCGCUGUAUAUAUGAUGAUUUUCAGGAGGCACAUGUAUGCCUUACCUCAAGUUCCCUCGUAAAGCUGAAUCUUCAAGGACAUCUCUUCAAGCAGAGUCUUCUGUUGCCAUGCAACUUGGAGGUGCUGAAGAUAAGCCUUGAUGGUCAUGAAAAUGAAAACUAUUUCGGUGUGCUGCAGUCGCUGCCGUAUUUACGGAAACUGUACAUUAGACUGUCUGAUAAUUUUGUAAUGUCGAGCCCUAAUUUUCAAAGCUUGUUCACGAAGCUGGGGGAACGGAUCGUUUCGAUAACGAACGUAGGUGCUGCCUCUUUUCAGAGCAUUACUUCUCUGGUUACUAGCUACUGUCUGAACUUAAAGACUUAUUCUCUCAGCAACAAUCAGACGUCCAUGUCGACUCCCUCUGGCUGUGAACUAUUUGCUUUAUUUGCCGAUUGCCAUCGUUCAGCCAAGUUUCAUCAUUUGCAGUUGAAUCUCGAAAGACUUCCUGCCGAAGAGCUCCGUCUCUUGUGUAACAACUGUCAUAAUUUAAAAUCGCUUUGUAUUCGUGGAUGUCAGACCAUGGACGAUCUUUCCAUUAAGCUUCUAGCCGAAUGCGCGAGAAAUGUGACAUUUCUGGACGUUUCUCGUUGCAGCAAUGUGAGCGACGUUGGAAUCGUUGCUAUUGCUGCUCACUGCCAAUAUUUAGAAGCUGUAUAUCUACUUGGAACGUCUGCUGGCGACCCCGGGGUUGUUGCAUUAGCUCGUCAGUGUGGUCGCCUAAAAAUUUGCGGAGUCGAGGAUUCUCAAAUCAGCCCAGUCACUAGCGAUCUCUUGAGGCACUUUGGCAUUAAGCAGCUGUCAUCGUCGACUUCACUGUAG